AACAAAUGCUCGCAAGCAAUGAGCACCACCAUGCGGCAACUCGUUCCUGGUAUUGUAUUGGCCAUCAUCUUCAGUUGUGUUAGAGCUGGCAACAUCCACGGAGGGCUGCCUCAUGUGCCUCAGGGAUUGGAUGGAAUGGGAGGAAUGAACAUGCCAUUUGGAGCCAUGGCAGGAGCAGCAGGCCGAGGUCCAAUCGGAGAGAUGGGACCACACGGUGGCCCCUCUGACGGCCCAGGCCCAGGUGUCCCGCCGCGAGACAUCCCUCCCGGUGUUCUCCAGAAAGGAAGCUACGGGGAGCCAGAAGUCGGACCCGGUGGCGGCUACGGUGGUUUUGAUACACCAGGUGGACCUGGCGGACCAGGCCAGGGUCUAGGUCCUCACGUUGGUAUGGAACAAGGUGGCCCUGGUCACGCUGGGCCUGGUGGAAUCGGUGGGCUUGAUGGCGCGGCCAGUCACGGAGGGCCCUUUGGUUUCGGCGGCCUUGGUGGCCAUGGGGGCUUGGGCUUCCUCGGUGGCUUCAGUGGCCUUGGUGGCUCGGGUGGAUAUAGUGGUAAUAUCGACCAAGGUGGUAGAAUUGGUGGACAUGGUGGACCCGGAGGUAAACUUAGUGGAUUCGCUGGCCACGGUCAACUUGGACAGAGUGGGUAUGGAACUAAUGUUUUACAUGGACUUGAAGGUAUGGGUGGCUUUGGCAACAUUGAAAAACAAGGUGCGGCAUUUGGGGCUGGAGGACCCCCCGUAGGUAUGAAUGCAUACGGUGUCCGAAAUGGCAUGAACGGACUGGACUUUAGAGGCGGUGGAAAUGGCGGUCCCGCUGGUGGAGGUGGUGGAUAUGGCAGUACUGACACAAAAGGGGGUAUGACAGCUGCACAACGUUAUGGAGGUCAAGGAGGUGCAUAUGGUGUUCAAGGGUACAACGCAGGAGGUGGUGGCAAUGGUGGAUUUGGUUACGGUGAUGAGCGUGGAGGUUUAGGAGGGGGGUACGAAGACCAAAGUGUUAAAGGUGGAGCUGGCGGUUACGAUGGACAAAGUGGAUAUAAUAGCGGAAACGGAAGAUUCGGACAAGGAUACGGAAACCAAGGACCAAAGACAGGUGAAAGUGGCAGCUACGGUAUUGCUGCUGGAUAUGCUGGUGGAGGCGGAAGUCUUGGGGGCAACUAUGGCGGACCUGGUGGUCCUGCAGGAGGAGCAGCUCACCUUGGUGGUGGCUAUGGUGGCCCUGGUGGAUAUGCAGGAGGAAGUGGAGGAGGCGAAGGAGGCCUUGGUGGCAGCUAUGGUAGUCCCAAUGGAUAUGCCGGAGGAGGUGACGGAGGUGGCGGUCUUGGGAGUGGCUACGGUGGUCCUAGUGCAUAUGCCGCAGGAAGUCUUGGUGGUGGCUAUGGUGGCCCUAGUGGGUAUGGCGGCGGAGAAGGAGGUGGCGGCGGAGGUCUUGGCGGUGGCUACAGUGGUUACGCUGGAGGAGGCGGAGGAGGACAAGGAGAAGGUGGGUACACUGGAGCUGGCGGAUAUGCCGGGCAAGGAGAAGGCGAAGGUCUUGGAGGAGGCUAUGGUGGUCAAGACGUCAGAGGAGGAGGAAGUGGCGGUGACCGAGGAUCUGGUGGGCUAUCCUACGAAUAUGGAGGACUUGGAGGUGGUUAUGUUCCGAGUGCUGGUGCGAACGUAAAAGAUGCUGAAUUUGCGGGAAGAAACAAGGAACAGGAAAGUAGUGGCCGGAAAGGCCGUAGUGACUCAGGAAAAAGUGGUGGCAAAGGAGACAAGAAUCAGAACGAACCUAGGGAUGACGUAAGCGGUGACGUUACUGGACUAACCGAAGAACAGUUAAAGCUCAGGGAAGCGCAAAUAAUACGCCUAGCCCGAUUUACAGCAUUGCAAGCGACUGCGAAGAUGUCUCGGGAACUUGGAAAAGGCGUUGCUUUCCUGCCAGCUGUCACAGCAAGGAGCGCUGGCCAAGGUUCUGUGGGUCUGAGUGGUGCCGGAGGUAUUAUCACGGGACCUGCCCUCUCCAGUGUCGGAUAUCUAGGUGCAGGCGCAAGCUAUGGCGCUGCGGGCUUUCGCCCCGGUGCUGAAGGAGCAGUUGGAGGUGUCGGCCAUGAUAGUGGAGCAACGGGUGUCGUCGCCGCGGUCCCUGUUCCUGCACCUGUAGAAAAAGGAGAAUUCGCCAAGGAGGAGACCUUACAAGACCCGUAUCACUAUUACAAGUUUAUGGACAGCAUGCCCACAUCGAAGCAAGGCAACUACCCCGUGUUUAGGCUGGACUACACCUACGGGUCUGACAUAUCGGUCAGUCAUCCGGUCAAUCAUCUCGGCAAUGGUUUUAUUUAUGGCUAUCCGCAGAACAAUGUGCGUGGUUUGGGUGUAGGUGUAGGCACUAGGAUUCCAAUUUUGGGACUUGGUGUAGAGUACUCACAGAAGAUCAAGCAGUCUCAUCAUUAACAAAAAGUCUAGGUAGGUUCUGUGGACUCCUUGUGCAUCACAUCAUCUUAAGCUCAUUUCGCAUCAAAAUAAAACGCAUUCGCAGCCUUAUUAAACCAAUUUCAUGCU